AUGACUGCUCUCCCGGGGAUCAAGGUGGGUCUUUUGGGGGUUCCGGACGGGCCGGAUCUUGAUCUGGACGACGAUGCAUCUCACAAAGCCAAAGGGCUGGAAGGGCGCCAGGACAGCCCGGCCAAGCGAACUAAGGCGGCACCGUCAGUGGAGGGCAUCACAAUGGAGGCCAUCAGAGGGUUGUUGCAGGAACAAAGCUUUCAGCUUCUUCAGGCUCAGCAAGCCCAGAUUUCAUCUUCCCUUACAGCUUUCGAGGAACGUCAAGCUGCGCGAUUGGACUUGAUUGAGAGCACGGUACAGAGCCAAGGGGCAGAGGUACAAGGUGUCCAAGGGCAGCUUCGGGAUCUUGCCGCGAGGGUAUCGCAGCUCGAAACUCAGGGGCCGGGGGCAUCGACGUCAGGACCGGAUCGCAGACACACCUUGGUUUUCGGAGGUUGGGCUGCUAACACUCGCAAGGCAACCCUCCUUCAUCAGCUUCGUCAAGCUCUGAGUGCUUUGAAACUCGAAUCCCACCUUGACUCGGAACCUUUCUGCACUGGAGCUCGGCGAUCGGUGGCUCUUUGUCAGUUCCGAAAGCGGGCGACAGAGGAUGAGUCCCAGCCGCGUAGCAGGAUGAUGGAGGUGAUCCAGGUCGUGAACGGGAGCAAGGUUUCGCUUGAAGGAGCGGAUCGGCCUCUUUGGUGUAGCUUCAGCAAGACCCCUCAAGAACGAGGUAAAGCUGCCCUUGCAGCUGCGGUCCGCAAAGUGGUCCAGAGGCAUGCAGUGCACAGGAUGGAAGAGCUGGAUGUGGAGUAUCCCACUGGUCGGACCUGGCUACGUGAAGAUCAGCUUUCUGGCCUUGGAGAGGCUCCGCCUGAUGUUAGACACCCCAAGCAGGUGGAGACGAGGGCUGGCAUGGGAUGGAUCGACGAGCGUACUCUCUCCCGCUGGGUUGAGAAAGACCUGAGUGAGGUCGUUUUCGCGGGGGACAUCAACACGGGUUUUGGGUGGGCUAAGGACGGUGCUGAGAUCACUGCUGUGGCUAGGGAAGGGAAAGGCAACAUCUUCCACAAAGUGCUCGCAGAACGGGGGAUGAGCUUUGGAACACCAUCGGAGUCGCAGCUUUCUACACCAACCAGUAGGCCCAGGGCUGCAAACCGGGAGGGGCAGUGCAUUGACGUUCUGGCCUACUCUGCACUCCGCUUUGACUCGUGGCAUGUACAUGAGGACUCGCACAUGCACAUUGGCACAGACCAUGAACUUUGCGAGGGCCGAGGAUAUCGGGACUCUGAUGAGGUGAAGCAGGCCUUCCGAGCAGCCAAGCGAGCAGGUACCGCGGCCUCAUGGAAGGAGAGGUGGGAUGUUGGAUUUGCGGAGGCCCAGCAUGGAGACCCACACGAGGCAGUUCACACACACCUCAGCGAAGUUUACAAAGGCAAUGAACUCCCGGAGUAUGACAUGUGGACAGGGGAAGUCACACUCUUCACCACAGCAGAGUUGAGAACAGGGGUGGCACAGCUCAAAAAAGGGAAGGCGGUUGGUUCGGAUCUUACCUCUACGGAACUGGUCUUGGGGAUCAUGGAAACACCUGGAGGGGAAGAACAUCUUUUGGCAUGGUACAACAGCAUUCUCACUAGCCAGAAGAUACCUGCCAAGUGGAACGAGCCGGUGAUGGUCAUGCUUCCUAAGAUACGGGCCCCUCGCAAAGCAAAGGAGCUUCGGCCUAUUGCUAUGGGCUCGGCAGUCUCGAAGCUCUUCAGCCGUCUUCUGCUAAACCGAGCCCUACCUUGCAUCUCUCCGCAGACCUAUGCACAAUGUUCUGGUCCAGGUAGACAGACGGCAGACUUUCUGUACACCAUCAUACGUCUUUUUGAACUCACACGUGAAUGGGGCAACCCGUUGGUGAUUUUCAAGCUCGACUUAGAGAAAGCGUUUGACAGUUUGGACAGAGGGUCGCUUCUUGCUCGUCUCGAAUCCAGAAUAGGUCAGGGUGCCGAACUCAACUGUUGGAAGGGUCUGCUCAGGGGCACAACCGGACUGCUCCAGACUCCGUGGGGAUCCUCCAGGGUGGCGAUGACUAGGGGGAUAAAGCAGGGGGCGGUGGAGUCUCCCACCUUCUUCGCCUAUGUUGCAGAGCUUGCCCUGGCGGAUGUGAUAGAGGUUCAUCGGUGGCGGGAAAUGCCUCCCCUCUUUCCCGAUCUCCCGCCAGAAGAAAUGCUCUACAUGGACGACGGAAUGGUGUGGAAUGGAUUGAUCUCUGUAGUCCAGACUCGUGCUCAACGGAUGUCUGUCGAAUUUGCAAAGUAUGGUCUCAAGAUGAACCCCACCAAAUGUCAGCUCUAUGCCUCCUCCAAGGUAGAAGGUGAACACUCCAUUAUCCUUGACGGGGUUAAGGUCGAAGCGGGCUCUCAAUUGGAGGUCAUGGGUCUCACCCUCAGGGUUGGCAUGUCGGUGUAUGAGCUUAUCUCUCCCGCUACCACAAGGGCACGAUCGAAGUUCUGGGAGCUCCGACACAUCUUCAGGGCGAAAGGGAACAUGAAGGAGAGGGCUAGGGUUCUCCAGAGGGUUGUCGGGGCGACUGCUCUGUGGUUCAUCUGUGCGGUGCCGCCAGACAAAGCCGGCAUGACAGCUAUGAAUGCGACCCAACUUCAGCUCAUGGGGUGGAGAGGUGGAGUACGGUGUGGCUUCGCAGAUAUUGGCGAUUUGCGGGGCAUCGAGUCCGAACUUCUCUUGCUCCAGAGUAGGCUCUCGCAGCACCCUCUUCUUGCAGCCAUGGCUGCACUUCGUAUCCUUCGUGUAUGGGCCCUCUGGGCCGCCCACUGCCAGGCCGCUCCCAAGGACGGCGAAGGCAGUCACGUGGCACACCCGACGAGCGCCACAUCUUUCAGGAUGGCAAUGUCGAAUUCAAACAACGAUGUAACUCAAGGUGGGCAGCAUUUGGCUGCACAUGGUUUGCCACCACAUCCAGAACUUGGUAACGAUUCGGGACCUGCUGAUCACGAUCGGCGGGAGCUGCACCCCGUGGGGAUCUCGGACAACACGAUUCUCCGCGCCGAGAGGGCAGCGAUCAGGGAGAAGAUCAGCAUGGCUAUCUCCAACAGGGAGUGUCAGUGGAAACAGUCAGCCAAAGCACGCCUGCAACAGCUUCGGGCCCAAGGGGGAGGGCAGGAGCCGGUCUGGCUUGGGGUUCUUCGCCGCAUACAACACAGAGGGCACGAGCUCUACCGUCAAUGGUGUCGGCAGUACCUGCAGGAUCUACGGCAAGAGUUCUCCUCCAGCCUGCACUAUGAAAGAUACACGGCACCCCUCACUCCGUCGGAGGUUGCUUGGGCUGCGGAUAUCGAAUUUGCCUGCUUCCAGGACUUCCUUGACUCCGGACUUCAGGCUGGUGAAUGCCCGCGAGGUGUCAUACGACAUAUGACAGAAGACUCCAGGGUGCUGGCUGAGCUGGCUGCUCCAGCCUCUUCUUCAUCCUCUUCGGACUUCCCGUAUGGGCUUUUCCACGCAACAUGGGUUGACCCUGCCACAGGGACCUGGGGCACUACGGCACAGCCUGGGCCGGGCAGCAGUGCAGAAACGGCAGGUAUGGGGGCCUGGCCAAAUGAGGGUGAGACUCCAGCUGAACAUGGACGAGCUGAGGAGAUGUCCGAUGAAACGGGUCUCUUUUCGACGUCGGUGACUUUGGCCUUGCUCGCCUCCAGGGUGGACGAGGCCUUUGGAGGGGCGGGCAACCCUCCCUUCAUCAUGGACACUUGUCGCCAACUUCGGGAACAUACACCUGCCCUGUCGGAUCCGGUCUUCCGUAGAAUGGGCACCCCACGAAUGGAGGAGCUUGAGGGAAGGGUCCAAUGGGUUCUUGAAACCUUCUUCCAUCGAUGGCAGUGGACUGUGCAGCCGGCACACAUGCAGGCCGAGGAAGUCCGGCAGAUCCUCGAGGAGUACACCAGGGCCCGACAAGAAUGUGAUCGGCUAGAAUGGGGUACAAGGGCAUCCGCAUCCUCGACUGGCCGUGACGGCAGUCGUACACCCCGGAGGGGGAGCUCAAAUGUGGCCUCGGAUCGUUCUCGCGAAAACACCCUGGAUGAGGAGGUUGACGAGACGCAUCUCUUCCAACUACCUCCUGGCCUUGCUCAGCAAUGGGAGGACUUGAUGGAACGCUUUUGGGGCUGGUUCGAAGAGGGCAGGGCGGUCGGCAUCACCAUCAUGAUGAUUCGGGGGAUUGUCAGGGACAGGGUUGAUAGUCAGUACCAAAACUGGGCCAAUCGACCCCUGGAGACUUUGUCGGUCGGCAUUCCAAACAGCGCGGGGGUUGACACAGAGGUCUCGCCACUGGACUUUCGUAACUGGGCUGAAGCUGCUGAACGAGUUCUUCACCUCUGCUAUGUCCAGGACCGGGAUCGCGGGUCAUUGCAGCUCCCGGUGGUGGAGGACGAGGUUAGUCUCAUGGACAACAGGCGGGCAGCGAGGAGCGAUGAGUAUGUCACCGUGCGUUUGGAUGAGGCGCCCGCCCCGACGGAACCAGCAUCGGGGAGCCGUGAUGGGCACCUGCUCUUUGACAGGAACACCUUCGACUACAACCCAACAGGACGAGCACGGGUCCCCACUAGCUUCCUUCCGACUUCCACUCUACGGAAUGUAUCGGCCAUGCAUGAAGGGAUGUGUCCUGCCAACCGUCUUACCUCGACGGUCGCUUUUGUGACGGUGCUUCGCUACCUCAUGAGCGAGGUGUCCCUCACGUUGGACACAGCGGAGGCCAUUGCAAGGACAGGUGAGGGCACUCAAGAGGCUGAGGAGCUGGAGGGUGAAGACGGGGACUCCACGAAUCUUAUGCAACGUUCCCUCUCCUCGAUGUUUGCGCCGGGGCACUCACAGCGAUGGGCGAGAGCGAUGGUCAGACUCCAAAAAGAACUGUCGGGGCAAGGCAAAGCGAAACGAGUGCAACAUCUUCGACGUCUACGACAGGGCUUGGCAGGUUGUGCUGAUCCUCGUGGGGAAUGGUGUGAGCAAAUGGAGGCGAUGUUGCUUGCUAUGCAGCCCUCAGAUUUUGAAGGAGACGACUCCGGAUGUGAUGCUGUUGAUACUCAGUGGCUAUCUGGAUGGUAUGGAGAGCUGGGGGUCUUGCUCCAGGGCUACGGAAUGCCGGUGCCUGUCGACACACAGACUGGUAGCUUGAACGACACGGUGGCCCCUGGGGUGACGGGGCCAAUCGAGGGUGGAGUUGACUUGGACCAGUUGCUGCAAGAUGAGCAAGAAGCCAGGGAUGAUAGGGAGCUGAUGGAACGGGAGCUUCGAGAACGAGAAUCCUUGGAGGCGGAGCACGACUUGCUGUGUGAACAGGAGGCCCGGCUUCUCCAAGAACAAGCCCGUGACCUCCAGAGGGAAGAGGACCAGCAGAUGCAGGAGGAAAUGAGGCGUCCGACUAAGCGCCAGUGUGUGAUUACCAUUGAGCUGGCGAGUGGAUCUGGUGACCGUGCACGCACUCUGCACACUCUUUCGGCAGAAGUACCGGAAGACGGCACGGCCCUGCACAUGACCCUGCGGGCGGCUUACCAGGCGGAUCCGGAUGAAGUCACGACGGUUGGAGUGCCGUCCCCUGGACACGGAGAGCAAGGAUCCGGAGCAGUGGGCUCCCAUGACAGUAUGGGGGCACAACAGAGCUCUCAACCCAACCUGCUCUCGCAUCUGGAGUUUGAUGAGUACGAGGCGCUGUACGCAGAGUGGAGAGCAGGGAGAACCAGUUCAGGAACUAUCGAGCGCAUGUAUGGCAAAGAUGUGCUGGAGCUGUUGGAAGCCCAACAAAUGAUGGCAAGGGAUGACGAGACUCAGGUGGAGGAGGUCAUUCCGCAGAGCCCUGCGAUGAGGGCUGGCCAGCCGCGCAUCCGCUUUUGCCUCUUUGAGAGCAUCUUCGGACAAUGGAAGGCCGGAUGGAGAAGUGACAGAAGCAUACGAGAUGGGUUCAAUGCCUACUGGCUUCAACUCUUCUAUUUAUGGCGUGGCUGGGGGCCUGAAUCCAUUGAACCAUACCUGGCCUCCGAACUCGACAUGCGUAGCGAUCCAAGCCCGGGUGAGCCAUGUCCACUGAUCCCGGAUGCACCAAUGGAGCGGGAUCCACCACGAGUUCCGAUGUCGUGUGUCAUGGUGACGUUCGUGGACUGGUGCCGUGGAGAACUCACUGACUCGCAAAUCCGCGACAGACAGGGCUUGGAGUGGUUGAGCCGAUUCAAGCAGCUUCGAGAAUCGGGACUACGACAAGUUGCCACGGUGCUGGGGUCAGAAGUGCUUUGGGAUGUAUCCGAGGAGUAUGUGCAGGCACAGUCUGAGCUUCUUAGUCAAUGGGCAGGGUUGCAAGGGCCUACGGAGCAGGGUACGGUCUUGGACAGUUCACUGGAGACAGCGGUUCAGCAGGAGAGCCAGGAGACCCAUGAGAAUCGUCAGCAAUCAGAAAGUUCGGAUGUGCGAAGUGAACGUGACGAAGCCUGA